UACGGAAGUUCAGAGAGUUGAUAGAAGUGGAAUGUAACACAUCUUGUCUCAUUUUGUCUCAUCUUCAGAGGUUUCCUACACAGCUGCACUACUAGGACAGAGUGGCGGAGAGAGCAGUGUCCACACAGACACAUUCAUACACACAAGCGAAGAUAUGGCAUCCCCCAGCAGUCUCCUGUCUGAAGAGCAGUUCCAGUGCUCUAUCUGUCUGGAUGUGUUCACUGACCCAGUCUCCAUCCCAUGUGGACACAACUUCUGCAAGGCCUGUAUCAAAGGGUACUGGGAUAGCACGGGCCUGUUCCAGUGUCCCCUCUGUAAGCAGAUAUUCCUCAUAAGACCUGAACCGAAUGUCAACAGAACACUCAGAGGAGUCGCAGAACUUUUUAAGGGAUUGAAGGUGAAAGACAGAGAGGAUUUCGCUACAGAGCCUGGAGAAGUGGUCUGUGAUGUCUGCACUGGCAGGAAGCGCAAGGCUCUGAAGUCCUGCCUGGUUUGUCUGACCUCGUACUGUGAGUCUCAUCUGGAGCCUCAUCACAUAGCCCCAGCCCUGAAGAGACACCAACUGAUCGACCCUGUAAAGAACCUUGAAGACAGGGUAUGUAAGAAGCACAACAAACUCCUCGAGCUGUUCUGUAGGACUGACCAGACAUGUGUGUGUCAGUUCUGCUCUGAGACUGACCACAAGGCUCACAACAGCGUACCUCUGGAAGAAGAAUGUGACCAAAGGAAGUCUCAGCUUGGGAAGACAGAGGCACAAGUGAAGCAGAUGAUUCAGGAGCGACUGCAGAAGGUUAAGGAGAUCAAACACUCAGUAGAUCUCAGCAAAAAACACACCGAGAGGGAGAUGUCUGACAAAGUACAGAUCUUCACCGCUCUAGUUCACUCUAUUGAUAAAUGUAAGGCUGAGCUCAUUUGUGUGACUGAGCAGAAGCAAGAAGCUACAGAGCAGUGGGCUGAAGGUAUCAUUAAAGAACUGGAGCAAGAAAUCACUGAGCUGAAGAGGAUUAGCUCUGAGCUGGGGCAGCUGACACACACCAAGGACCAUCUCCAACUCCUCCAGAGCUCCCCAUCCUGGUGUCUCCCUGUAAAGGCCAAGGACUGGUCGGAGAUCAGUGUUGAAAGCCACCUGCACAUGGGGUACAUGAAGAGAGCUGUAUCUCAGCUGGAAGACAAACUGACGAGUGAGGUAAAGAGAUUUCAUAAUGAGAUGGAGAAUGAGCUGAAGAAGUUGUGUGACGCUGAGAUGGAGAUUCCGCAGUAUGCAGUGAAUGUGACUCUGGACCCUGAUACAGCAUAUCCUGAACUAAUCCUGUCCGUGGAUGGGAAACAAGUGAGGUGUGGGGACCAAUCACAGAAUCUCUCAAAUAACCCAAAGAGGUUUACUUAUAUAUACAGUGUCCUGGGGAAGGAGGGCUUCUCCUCAGGGAAAUCUUACUAUGAGGUACAGGUGAAGGGCAAGACUGAAUGGGAUGUAGGAGUGGCCACAGAAUCCAUCAAUAGGCAGGAGUGGUUACCACUGAGCCAUGAGGAUGGAGUGUGGACUUUGGGGCUGAGUACAAAUAAUUACUAUGAGGCUAAUGACCCCAAAGUACAGCUGAGCCUGAAAAAGAAGCCCCAGACGGUGGGGGUGUUUGUGGAUUAUGAGGAGGGUCGGGUCUCCAUUUAUGAUGUGGAUGCCACUGCCAGAUCUCACAUCUGCUCUUUCACUGGCCACAAAUUCACAGAGAAACUCUAUCCAUACUUCCACUGUGGGUAUCCUGAUGGUGAAAAAAACAUAGCCCCUCUGGUCAUCUCUCCUGUCAGUCAGAUGACUGGCCCAGUGCUACAUUAGGGAUGUUUGUCAUUAAAAACAUGUGUUGCUUUGUUUUCUUCCUAUUAGGAUGAAGAUGCAUAGAUUUAGUAAUAUUGUUCUUCGUUCCUGUGCAUUUUGUGUAUUCUAAUAUACAGUGCAUUCGAAAAGUAUUCAGACCCCUUGACCCUUUCCGCAUUUUGUUACGUUACAGAUUUAUUCUAAAAUAGAUUUUUUUUUUUAUUAACCUCAUCAAUCUACACACAAUACUCCAUAAUGACAAAGCAAAAAACAGGUUUGAGAUUCUAAAUUGAACUCAGGUCCAUCCUGUUACCAUUGAUCAUCCUUGAAAUGUUUCUACAACUUGAUUGGAGUCCACCUGUGGUGAAUUCAAUUGAUUGGACAUGAUUUGAAAAAGGCACACACCUGUCUAUAUAAGGUCUCGCAGUUGACAGUGCAUGUCAGAGCAGAAACCAAGCCAUGAGGUUAAAAUAAUUGUCCAAAGAGCUCCGAGACAGAAUUGAGUUGAGGCACAGAUCUGGGGAAGUGUACCAAAACAUUUCUAUAGCAUUGAAGGUUCCCAAGAAGACAGUGGCCUCCAUCAUUCUUAAAUGGAAGAAGUUUGGAACCACUAAGACUUUUCCAAGAGCUGGCUGCCCGGCCAAACUGAGCAAUCGUGGGAGAAGAGCCUUGGUCAGGGAGGUGACCAGGAACCUGUUGGUCACUCUGACAGAGCUCCAGAGUUCCUCUGUGGAGAUGGGAGAAACUUCCAGAAGGACAACCAUCUCUACAGCAAUCCACCAAUCAGGCAUUUAUGAUAGAGUGGCCAGACGGAAGCCACUCCUCAGUAAAAGGGACAUGAAAUCCUGCUUGGAGUUUGCCAAAAGACACCUAAAGACUCUCAGAUCAUGAGAAACAAGAUUCUCUGGUCUGAUGAAACCAAGAUUGAACUCUUUGGCCUGAAUGUCAAGAGUCACAUCUGAGGAAACCUGGCACCAUCCCUACGGUGAAGCAUGGUGGUGGCAGCAUCCUGAUGUGGGGGUGUUUUCCAGCGGCAGGGACUGGGAGACUAGUCAGGAUCGAGGAAAAGAUGUACAGAGCAAAGUACAAAGAGAUUGUGGAUGAAAACCUGCUCUUGAGUGCUCAGGACCUCAGACUGGGGUGAAGGUUCACCUUCCAACAGGACAACGACCCUAAGGACACAGCCAAGACAACACAGGAGUGGCUUCAGGAUAAGUCGAUGAAUGUCUUUGAGUGGCACAGCCAGAGCCCGGACCUGAACCAGAUCGAACAUCUCUAGAGACCUGAAAAUAGCUGUGCAGCGAGGCUCCCCAUCCAACCUGACAGAGCUUGAGAGGAUCUGCAGAGGAGAAUGGGAGAAACUCCUCAAAUACAGGUGUGCCAAGCUUGUGGCGUCAGACUCGAAGCUGUAAUCGCUGACAAAUGUGCUUCAACAAAGUACUGAGUAAAGGGUCUGAAUACUUAUGUAAAUUGGAUAUUUCAAAUUUUGUUUUGUUUUUACAUUUGCAAACAUUUCAAAAUAAUAUAUUUUUGCUUUGUCAUUAUGGGUUAGAUCAGGGG